GGGGGCCAUGUCAUGCAGAGGCCUUGAGUAUUGUGAAUGGAGAGAAUUUUGUUAAAAGGCAAUUAUUUGAUCUUUCAUGUGAGCUGAUGUGGUGUGGGCUUCCUUCUGGUCAAUUGUAACCCAUUCAUGUUUGUUACAACAGUUAGAAUACGACCAGAUUAAACAUUUGCUUAUUAUGGCAGGCUUUUUGUAUGCCAGGUACCUUUACCCUUUCAAAUCUUGGAAUGUUUGGUGUGGAUCGCUUUGAUGCCAUUUUACCACCAGGAACUGGUGCAAUCAUGGCUGUUGGAGCAUCUCAGCCCUCUGUAGUUGCUACAAAGGACGGUCGGAUUGGCAUGAGAAGUCAGAUGCAGGUAAAUGUUACGGCAGAUCAUCGCGUCAUAUACGGUUCCAAUCUAGCUUCAUUCUUGCAAUCUCUGGCUCAGAUAAUCGAGGACCCUAAAGAUCUUACCCUUUAG